AUGACGGCGCUGCGUCGUUCGGCACGGUCAAAGAGCACAGAUAAGAAAGAAGAACCAGAAGUGGAUAAGCGUCCGGAGCUAAGCGCAUCGGAUGCAGAGCGUAUAGCCCGCGUGCUCGAGGCGUUAGCACCUGACACGCUCGAGCAGAAGAUGCCUUUUCAUUCUUCACCUACCCUGCGCGCACUUCUUAGCCAGCCACGACCAAAGCUCCGUGACGUAUGGAAUGCGAUGAAGCAAGCGUCUGAACAAGCAGCGCGGCAUGAUGCUCGUGGCCACGUGGGUAUUUUGGUCGCCAUGCAUGUUUUGGUCCGCAUGGCUCACGAGGGAGGUCAUGAUGUGGACGACACCGCGCCCACGGCCUAUGCGUUGCACAUGCACUUGCCAUCGGGUGAGUACUUUACGAAUGCCGUGCAUCUCCGUGAGUCGUAUGCACACUCACUAGAUACUGGCGUUGCUGAUCUUGUGUCUGUUGCGCCGCUUGUGCGUGGCGAUGUCCCAACACCGUCGCUGGGCGAACGCGUGAGACAGCUGAAGAAGUCUACCCAGGCACCAGCUCCAAAGAGCACUACGUCUGCCUUCUUGUCUUAUGGCGCUUUUGGAUCGUCUUUGGGCCCCUCCUUCGACUCGACGGGCUCCACGGUCGAUGCGGAAACAAGCGCUUCGACAUGGGGCGAGCAGCAGCGUGUUUCGCGGAACUUGCGUCGAAGAUGGGGUCAUUUUCUUGCGCAAUCUGUCGAUGCCGCAUACACAACGGCACGAAAUGCGAUGGAAGAGGAUGGUCCCGAGUCAUGGAGUGAUGCUGAUCUCAUUCAGGCAGCGGUCGAUGUCGACCCCGCAUUGGAUCCUAGUCUCAUGAAGCAGGCUGUGGAUGUUCUCACGACAGAUGACAUUCUUACACAAAAUGAAAUCCGUUUGGACGAGCUGCAAGAGAUGCAGUGGCUCCGCGUGCGAAUGAUGAAAGAUGACUCGGUACCCAUUCCACCUGCCAUGAUCGAGCGAGAACAGCUGCUCGCUGAGCAGGUACUUUCAUCUCUUGUUGAUCUUCUAUGUCAAGCUGCACCUUCCGCCCUUGGCCGCAUUGCUCGUGCUGCUGGACCGCUGAUGCACAUGUCGCAUGCGGCGCUCGUGUCAUCCAUAUCGGACACACGGACUGGUGUCGCGCCGCGUGGCUUCUGGGGCACGCUGCCCGAUGCGUUUUAUGGUGCCGCAUCCAAAACUACACUCUCCCUUCCCGGCAUGCCACCUGAUUCGUCGUCAUGGGCCACGCUACUUCGGCCUGCUGCCAUUGCGGAUAAUGUCACGGCGCAUGCGGCACCUGAGAGGCGAAAUGUCUUGGCCUCAGAGUAUGAACAAUUUGCAGCGUCUCCCGCCACGGCUGUUAAGAACGUGCUAAUUCAGCCGCGAGCCCCCGCCAUUUAUGCAUCGAGCGCACCGCGCCCGCCGUACGCCGCGGGUGGCUCACCCUAUCCUCGGCCAUAG